CAAUGUAUAUGGUUGUAUGAACCUCUCGUGCUUUAAAUAUCGUUUAUUUAUAUACAGUCUGCGAUCGGUAUAAGAUACCAGUAUCCGAGCUUUUGCAAUAUAAUUGUGUACUUUUUUACUUUUUAGUGAUUAUAUAUAUACGUACGUAAUUUAGCCAAUUGUAAUUAAUUGUAUAGGUACAUUUUUUUGUGACAAAAUAUCAUAUCAAUAAUACAAAAACAGAAUAUGAUUAACGAAGAAUUCCAAUACGAUGUAAAAGUGAUAAAUGCAUUUAAGAGUUAUGGAGAAACUAAAGUACUUAAUGGAUUGAACAUGAAUGUGACGGCAGGUUCUAUAUAUGGCCUUUUGGGACCGAGUGGAUGUGGUAAAUCGACACUUCUUCAAUGUAUAAUGGGAUCAAUGGAAUUGGAUUCAGGAUAUAUUGCCUUGAAAGCAAUAAAUUUAAAAGAUGUGGGAUAUAUGCCUCAAAGUUUAUGUUUGGAAAGCACACUGACCAUAAGAGAAAUAUUUGAAUACUACGGAACACUUUACAACAUGAACAAGAAAGACAUCGAGAUAAAAAAAGAGGAGCUUAUUGCAUUCUUACAGUUACCAAAAUUAAAUAGUUUGAUAAAAGAUAUAAGUGGUGGCCAAAGUAGAAGAGUAUCUCUUGGUGUUUGCUUAUUGCAUAAUCCUAAGCUUAUUAUAUUGGAUGAACCUACGGUUGGAAUUGACCUUUACUAAGACAAGAAAUUUGGAAUGGGUUUUUAAAGAUGGUCGUAGAACAACAUAAGACAAUCAUAAUAACUACUCAUUAUAUUGAAGAAGCAAAUCUAGCUAAUCG